ACCUUGCAGAGCAGACUACUCCUCUUCUCGCUCUUGGGUUCAUUUACGGAACCAAAACUGAAAAAUUAGGUCAAGCAAAACGGAAAAUGAAGAAAGCCGGAGCCGAGAAGAAGAGGGCCCGGCGAUCCUCCGCUGCCAGCCGAGAUCCAGCCACCGAUACUCCUCCUAGGAAACAAGCGAACAAGAAAGAUGUUUUCCAAUUAUUUGCUGAGAAAGUGAGAGAUCAUAAAGACUUGGUUUCUCGGUGGGCGGUGUUACAGGAAACCCGUGUUGAGUACUUUAGGGGAAAAGAUUUUGUUACCUUUUUGAGAAAUCAUCCAGAGCUGAAAGACAUCUUAGAAUCAGAUAGGCAUCUAGAAGUAGAAGAUAUUGUCAAUGUCCUUCUCAGCAAGAAUCUUUUAGUCCGUUGUGAUCGUGUCGUCAAAACAGUACGCCCUGGCAAGAGAAAACUCUCAACUUGGCCAGCUCAUCUAGAGAUAUAUCCCGAUCAGGAGUUUUCGGAUAAUGAUGCGUUUUUUGCAUGGACGUUUGUAAACAAGCGACCUUUAUGGCAAACACUUUUGUCAUUAAGUUGGCCUGUUUUGACUCUUGCAAUCUGCUUAUUCCCUGUGUAUCCCCACCAGGCAAAGCUGCUUAUACUCUACUCUUGUGCUGGGGUACUCCUCCUUAUACUUUGCCUUCUUUUGGUUCGGGGGUUGAUAUUUGGGGCAUCAUGGAUUUUACUGGGGAGGAGGAUCUGGAUAUUUCCAAACAUCCUGGCUGAAGAAGCAACACUGCGUGAACUUUUCCGUUUUUGGCCUAAAAAAGAUGAAGAAGAAAAGCCAAAACUUACAGCAAGAUUCUUCUUUGCAAUUGUUGCUGUGUUAGCCAUUCUGCUUUUGAGGCAUCAUGCACCUGAUGAGGCUGCUAGGGCUAGGUAUCAGAGGCGGGUUUCUAAUAUUAUUGAUGAUGUCCUUGAGUGGGACCCACGGCUGGCUUUGUCUGGGAUGAUGGAUAGUAUGCAGUCGGAGGAGGUUAAUGGUACUGAAACCAAUGGGAAUGGGAAUUUUACAGAUGGUGAAAGGGUGGAUGAUGUUAAUCAAAGUACAGAUGAGAAAGAUCAUCUCUUUGAUGAUGAUGAUAAAGAUAAUAUAUAGGAGAAAUGUAAACAUUCAAUAGAAGAAGAUUACAAGUUUUUGAAAAAGGAAUACUAUUAUUAUUAUUAUUAUUAUUAUUAUUAUUA